AGAAAGUAUUCUAAAAUGGUAAAUUUUUUUGUUAAUAUAAAAAAUAAACUUGGCUAUUUUGGGGAUAGCACAAGUUUGCAUGGGAUCCAAAAUGUUUUUUCGAUGUCUCGCAUCCCUUUUUUCAAAAGGUUAUUCUGGUCUGGCAUAUUAAUGUUGUGCUGCUUCGGCGCCGGAUCCGUCCUGCAGUCAUCACUCCAGCUGUUCUCCACAGGUGUAGCGUCCUACUCCGUGGAGACGAACUACUUGGAUUGGGACACUCCCUUUCCAGCAGUGACGAUUUGCGAUGCCGCUACCGAAAGUGACCAGGUCGAACAGUAUUUGAAGCAGCAUAAGAAAUCGGCAAGCUUGAGCCAGUUCUAUAAAGAUCUCGUAUACUGGAACAACAAUAAAUACUGCAAAGUCUGCGGAGGCUGUAAGAACGACACAUGUGAAGAAAACUUCGGCCACGGCAUCAAGGAGAUCAGAUACACGUGCGCGGAGUUGUUGACCGACUGCUGGUGGGGAGGGAAGUAUUUCAGAUGCUGUGACAUAUUUCAUCCAGUGCUGACUGAAUUUGGUGAAUGUCACGUCUUCAAUUCUGCACUUCUUGGCAAUAAGAGUAUUCUUACUGUGAAUAAAGUGAUUGGUCUUCCUGAUUUACUUUUCUCCGCAAGCAAGACGAUAGAUUUGACAGUACAUGCUCCUGAUGAUACAUUAUCAGCAGAUUACGGAAGUAUCUGCUCCGGUGACACUUGCAAGCUAAAUUUUAUUAGAGAAUUUGAAGCUAUUAUGAAAGUAGAGCAAACAGUAAACGACCCAUCAGUAGCAUCUCUGCCGAUAUCAAUGCGAGGUUGCCUGUUCAAGGAGGAGCGGCCCUCGCUCCAGGGGUGGCCCUUCCAGCAGUAUACCUACAGCGCUUGUCUGCUAUUCUGCAGGCGCCUGGCACAGGUCGCAACCUGCAACUGUACACAUCACUACUUAGCCGACAUAUUUGGGACACCGGCUUGCAAUGUAACGGGACUAAAAUGUUUGGAAGAAAAUAGAAUCAAUAUGAAACAGUAUCCUUGCGACUGCCCGACCGCAUGCGAUGAGACCCAGUACAAGGCUGUUGAUGUAUUUCAAAAACGUCUGCCUAAAUCACCGGAAUUUAUUAAAAGAGGGUCCCGGGGGAGGAUACGCCUUGCGAACCUCCCGACCUUGAGGGUACGAAGGAUGGCUAUCAAAGACACUCUUGGACUUGUUGUGGACAUCGGAGGAGUAGGCGGAGUAUUCUUCGGGGCCUCCCUUCUCAGCGUUAUCGAGCUGGUUUACCUCUUCUGUAACCGCCGAAAUUGAUUAUCAGGAGAUGAAACUCAAUUUUAUAAACUUUCGCACCGUAGAAUUACUUUCAUGCACCGUUGCGGAGUCGAUGAAUCUGAGAAUCAUGUAGCCGAGAGCUAGAGAGUAAUUAAGGUCACGCUCUUUAUGAAACCAUAAGAAUUUCCCAAUUAUUAUAUUUAUUAUAGUUUGUAACCACAUGCCUAUUGUUACAAUAAUUUAUAUUUCCGCUGCACUAAAAUUAAACAAAAUCAAUAUUGUGAGCUAAAAUUAAAUGUUGUAUCAAUUAAUUUCCUUGUUUAUUUUACCCAUGGAAUACCCGUAAGCCCAAUUAAGGCUAUUGUGAAAUUCGUUUUUAGGGUUCCGUUCCUCAAAAU